AUGGCUCGUGGCGGACAGCUGCUGGAAGAUGCCUCCGACCACUCUCACGGACUCCGCUGCAUGAGACAUGCAGCGCAAGCAGUCGCCUCUCGACUAACAAGCCGUCGAGUUGCUGUUGCAAUUGCAUCCAGAUUUACCAACAGACGAUUUGCUUUCGCACUAGCCGUGGUGUCGGUGCUGAGCGCCAAGGCAGUGCAUAUUCACACACAUGUCACUGCUUUGUCAAGGGUGCAUUUGCUGCGAUGGGGCUAUUCGUUCUUCGCCCAGGAUUUGGCGUUACUUCUUUUAAUACGACUGUUGUUGGACAAUUGGGUGUUUUCGGUGGUGAGGCCAGUACGAGCCCUCGCCACGUUUGGCGCCAGUGUCUUGUUAUCCUUUGUCAUUGCACUGGGCGCCAUAAAUGUUUCAUUUUUUGUUGUUUCUGGCUCGGAAAUUCAUUGGCGCAACAUUGCACUUGCUAGCGAUUCGUCCUCCUGGUCCAUGUUUCUUUCUGGGCUCUUUUCGCUUGCGCUUGUCGUAUGUGCCGCCUUUGUAGCUGGCUGGCUACUGCAGGAUGCCUUUUUUGCCUUGUUUGGUGUUGGGAGCGAUCUACUGAGGUGGCCAGCUGCUGCCAUUUUGCGAAGAACUCCUGGAAUAAAUCGCCUUUCACUCGAAGCGAACAACUACGACAGAAUUCCCCAGCAGGAUGUGGAAUAUGGCGAAAAGUUUGACCCGCGUGACGGGGAGUCAUUAUUUGACAUCUCAUCAAUAACAUCAGAACUCAAGGCACUCAAUUGGAGGAGAUGGAUCAAACCGCUGCUAUACUUGUUUAUAUUUGGGGCUUUGACAGCUCAAAUUAUUCUCUUCUUCAUUCGGCCCCAUGAAAGCUCACUAAUAUUCAUGUCUUGGACAUCUGCCCUGCUACCAUUUGUAGACUUUUCCAAUUCGUCUCCGAAUCUCGACAGUAUGCAGCCUUUCUACCAGUCCGGGAUUGGUCGUUCUUGGGAUAAUCGUACAGCCGUUCACAACGUUUCAUCACCAGCCGGCAUACCGUGGUCAAUGGCCCGAACUAUGGGCUUCUGGCAGCGGUACGUUCCCGAAAAACACUACAACGCUGCCAAUGACCCGCUGAAGAUAUCGAACCUCAAAGACGAUGUUUUGGCCAGUCUCCGAGACAAGCUCUCGAAUGUGCCCAUUCGCCACGUUGUGCUCAUUUUCCUUGAAAGCACCCGAAAGGACGUGUUUCCCGUCAAGAAGGACGGCCUAGUCUGGAAGAAGCUGGCCGAGUCGUUUGAGAAUGGAACCUUGCCCGAGGAUGCCCAGGAGAAGCUAGCUGCACUGACGCCAAACGCAAAUUUCAUCACUGGAGAUUAUAAUGACGGGUUUCCGCAUCCCAAGGACCAGAUGAAACGACGUGGCGGCCUCAACUUUAAUAACGCGUAUACGCCAGCUACCUACACAUUGAAGAGUCUUGUGGGGACACUGUGCGGCGCACCACCGCUGAUUGCAGAUUUCAACCUGGAAGUCGUUCACAAACUUCCAGCGCCGUGCAUACCUCAUAUUUUGGACGCGUUGAACCAUAUUGACCCUUCCAAAGACAAACGGCAAGAAAAGACAGGGAGAGGGUUUCUGUCAGACAAAUGGACAUCUUCAUUUAUGCAGUCUGUUACGAUGGACUUUGAUAGUGAAAAGGGGCUGCUCGAGUACAUGGGAUACCCACGAGAAAGACUCAUCUCAAAAGAAUAUUUAAAGGGAGAGAAAGGCAAUAUUCCCAAGUUUGGGGUUUCUGAUCUACCAGAUGUGAAUUAUUUCGGCAUCCCGGAGAGUCCGCUCGAGGACUAUAUUAGAGAUACAUUUGUGUCUGCCAAGGAGAAGAAUGAGCGAGUGUUUCUCACGCAUCUCACGAGCACGAGUCACCAUCCCUUCGGACUUCCCGAAAACGAGACAUACGUACCCAUGGCACAAGGCAUGGACGACUUUUCAAAAUACGUCAAUAGCCUUGGCUACGAUGAUAAGUGGCUAGGAAAAGUAUUGGGUAUAUUGGAUGAGCAAGGGGUGGCAGACGAGACGCUCGUUGUCAUGGUCGGCGAUCAUGGGCUGUCGAUGCCAGAGAAUGGACUAGUCUCGGCUUAUUAUAACCCGAACGUGGGCAACUUGCAUGUUCCCUUGGUCGUAUCACAUCCAAAGCUGCCCGUGGUGGAUAUUGACGAUGCCGUCACGUCUUUGCAAAUCCUUCCGACGAUUUUGGACUUGCUUGUCGAGACAGGGUCACUCGCGCCGGAACACAGCCGUGUGGCAAAGGGCUUGGCAGCAAGAAGUUACGAGGGACAGACAAUGAUUCGAGAACUCAGGAAGUCGUCGUCGAAAACGGGUCAGGGAGACUGGCAGUUUACGGUUAUAAAUCCGGGGCGAGCAAUGGUGAGCGUUCGAGAUGCUCGCCAACCGCAUUUGCGACUAGUGGUUCCCGUCAUUGACAACAUUGAAUGGCGGUUCACGGAUCUCAGCUCCGACCCGACUGAGGAAGCACCAGUGCAGGGCUUUGAAUUUCUUUCGUUUUUGCAUAAUGUGGAACGGACACAUGGCGUGGAAAUGGCCAAAUGGGUAGAAGAAGCCGCAUUCAUCUCCCGGUGGUGGGUUGAAGACAAUAGCAAGCGAUGGCGUUAUGGUCCUUAUAGAGAUUACCUGCCGUGA